UUUGACUCCUAGCGCUGGUGAGGGGAGGUGCUGCUCUAUAGAUGGCCUUGGGUGCUGCUGCGGGAGGCACUCGGCUCGGUGGAUUUAUUUAUUUGACAUUACAGGCAUUGUCUCAGCAUCAAGAUGUCAUUUGAGAAGAGGCUGGAGGAUGUGAUUUUGAGGCUGUUUGAUGUGCAGGGAGUCAAGUUUGGACAGUUCACUCUGAAGAGUGGACUGGUCUCCCCCAUAUACUUUGACCUCAGGGUAGUAGUCAGCUACCCUGAGUUGAUGGAGGAUGUGGCUGACCUGCUGUGGGAGUGCCGCCCCAAGGACGCCCAGUUCACCUCGGUGUGUGGAGUGCCAUACACUGCCCUGCCUAUGGCCACCAUAGUAGCCACCAAACAGAAGCUGCCGAUGCUGAUCAGAAGGAAGGAGGAGAAGUCCUACGGCACCAAGAGGCUCAUCGAGGGCCACUUCAAGGAGGGCGACAACUGCUUCAUCAUCGAAGACGUCAUUGUCAGCGGCUCCAGCGUCUAUGAGACGGCCGUGUCGCUGCGCGGCUGUGGCCUGGAGGUUACCCACGCCGUGGUGUUCAUGGACAGACAGCAGGGCGCCACCAACAACCUCAAGAACCUGGGAGUCACCAUUAAAUCGGUGUGCGACAUGGAAUCGAUGCUGAAGAUCCUGCUGCGUAACAAGAAGAUCACUGAGGAGCAUGUGGACUCUGUGAACAGGUUCCUGAAGGAGAGCCAGGAGACCAUCAUCAGGAAACAGCCCGCAGACGGCGCCCCUGAUAAGGAGUCUGUGGGCCGCCUCUCGAUGUCGUUCGGUGACCGGGUGGCCACCACCUCGCAGCCGCUGGUGCGCCGCCUCCUCCGACUCAUGGAGGAGAAGCGCACCAAUCUGUGUGUGGCCGCCGACCUGAGCACGGCGCGGGACGUACUGCAGCUGUCUGACAAGGUGGGCCCUCACAUCUGUCUGCUGAAGACACACGUGGACUCGAUCUCUGACUUCACGGCCGAGUUUCCCAAACAGCUGACCGAGCUGGCUGAGCGACACAACUUCCUCAUCUGCGAGGACAGGAAGUACGGCGAUAUCGGCAGCACGUCUGCCGACCAGUACUCCUCUGGUCUGUUCUCCGUCAGCAGCUGGGCGCACCUGGUCACCGUGCACGCGUUGCCAGGCGACGGCCAGCUGACGGCGCUCUCGGACCGCGCCGCCGGCGCCGAGCGCGGCGCCCUGCUCGUGGCCGAGAUGUCCUCCAAAGGGUGUCUGGUCCAGCCCGCAUACACCGCCGCGGUGGUGAAGAUGGCCGAGGCACACCCGUACUUUGCCUGCGGGUUCAUCGCGCAGUCGUCGGUGACCUCCGACCCGCGGUUCCUGGUGCUGACGCCCGGCGUGAGCCUGGUCUCCACGGCCGACGGCCACGGCCAGCAGUACAGUUCUCCGGAGAGAGCAGUGGGGGAGAGAGGGGCCGACGUGGUGAUCGUGGGCCGCGGCGUCACCCGGGCGGAGGACCCGGCCGCCGCCGCCCGCGAGUACGCGCAGAGGGCGUUCGGUGCCUACCUGCAGAGGCUGAAGUAGCGGGAGAGUGGGAGGGAGAGACGGCAGAGGAAGAGAGAGAGAGAGAGGGAGUGAGGGAUGGCUAAGGAAGAGAAGGAGAGGAAGAGAGUGGACUUGAGUGAGAGCAGCUGGGUAGGGAACCAAUUGAGCGGAAGAUAGAGUUAAAAUGGGCAUCUAUUCUGAAUGUUUGAGAGCGAUGUGACAAAAUGCUCAAAACCAGGCUGUCGUGUCAUUCCCAUUAACUGGAACUAAUCUUUUUGUAGUUACGUCAUCGCCCAAAAGGGAGAAGUGCAAGUAGUUUUACUGUCAACAUAGGGAAAUUGGCUGUUAGGCCUGCAAGUUUUUACAAUUGCAAAGCAUGUUGGAGAUUCGGAAAAGUUCGUCAGUUCAGAACAUGCACUUAGAGCAUUGAAUAGCGGUAAUGUGAUGAAGUCAGAUGUUACAAACGCUGUGACACCGCUGUAAGUAAGCACAAGUGGUAACGAGGGUGCAAUCUCGACACAGUUGUAACUUUAUUCCGGCAAGCUUCCCCCGCCUGUCCCGGGGCAGACUCAUAGAUCGUCUUGGACUGGGUUUGGGAAACGUGUGGACUGUGGGGCUGUUGUGCAUUUAGAAUGGCUUGGAGCGGCGGCUCACAGUGACCAUGUAGAAAGGCCUGGUGAGUCCGCCAGUUGUGUUUUAGAUGGAUGUGCAAUUGUAUCAGGCCUUUGCUAAGGGCGUGAGAUCCCAACAUUCCGCACCCGAACGUUAUUCCAUUGUUAUUCCAUGGUUACCCAACUGUUAUUCCGUAUUAUCGACUUGGGCUUGGUUUCAUAAAGUGAUUCGAUGACCCG